AAAAGUACAAACACUGAGAAAGGGAAAGAAGAGAGAGAGAGGGGGGCUAGAAUCGGAACAAUGGCCACACGGACGAGACAAAUUGCACCGCCGGCGACCGGAACGGGGACGAUAACCCUAACCCAAGAAAACCAAUCAGAAUCCGCACCCUCGUCAUCAUCAUCAUCACAAGUACAUCAACAACCAAUCGAAACCCUAACAUUGAAACUGAAGCCAAAGAAGAGAGUAUCAUGGAAAUCAGGGACAGUGGACAAUGAAUUCCUCAACAAGAAAAGUUCCAAAAAAUGUUGCAUUUUCCACAAAGAAAAGCCUUUUGAUGAAGACGAUAGCGAUGAUGAUGACGAAGAAAAUGACCCAUCUAAGAAGAGUCAUCAUCAUGAUCAUGGGGAUCAUUGCUGUUCUAAACAGGAUCAUGGAGGAGAAGCAAGUACCAGUUAUUCUGAACAUCAUUGAUUUGUUUUGACUUGUAAGUUCUGUUUUUACUUUUUAUUAAGAAGGAAAAAAAUGUUAUUUUUGGGGUAAAUUGGUAUUAUUGGUGAUUUUCUGUUCAGAUUUGAUGUGAUUGUAAUUUUAGGUUUCAAUGGACAUGAAAUUGAAAAAUUGAUAUUCUGUUAUAGUAGUAAUUUUUUUGCUUGUUAAGAAGGAAGAAGAAUGUUAUUUUUUGGGGCGAA